AUGCAGCCUCCACAGCGACUGAGCGCCCACGGUCCAAGCUCGUCCUCGGCAUCAACGACAAUGGUCAAUUUCGAACCGUACACCGGUCGCAUUCUGCACGGCAUCAUCGAGACUGCCCAUGUGCGAUCAGGAGACCCUACCAUCAAGGCUGUGGAUCUGGCCGCUGUCCAGGUGGUCUCGCUUGACAUACGGCAUUUUGGGACUAUGCCAGAGAUGGACAGGGCGAUGUUUCUGAUGGCUCGUCCAGCUGGUGAAAUUGUAGGUCGCGUUUUUAAGCGCGUUGACAGGCGUCGUCCCGGCGCUGCCCCUACGCCAGAAAUGGAGUCACAUUCGUACAAGGAUAUAAACGGCGCUCGUCGGGCUUUCACACUACUCGACCAUAAACAGUACCUACCUCUGUUAUCUGACGCGCCCAUCCGUCACCUGACAAUCCGCAACAGACUUUUCGGCUUGGGCAAAUCCUGGUAUACGCUCCAACCAGAGCAGUAUGACCACUUUGUACCUAAAGCUCGAGGAGGUGUACCCACUUCGUACAGACUACAAUAUCCCCCUCGGACCCCUUUGCGAGGUGCGCUCCUUCAGCGACUUUCCAUCAGCAACCCCCCUUCUCGGACCACCUUACCUUCACUCGAGCGGAAUGGGCUGCCAAGUCUCAGGACCGGUCGGCUGGGCAGGCGUCAACAUUUCGGCCGAUGUACGGGUACCAGAUCCGCCGGUCAAGAUCGCCCAAUCCACGCUACUCUCCCCUCCCUCCCCACGAUCACCCGCACGGCACCGGGCCCACUCAUAUCCGUCUUGAUCACAGUAUCCCGCCGGACCAGCGUGUCAAUCGCUCACGCAGGUCUCCGUCGCCGGACCUCUUCCCAUAUGCCAAACGCAUCAGAGACAAUGGGUACGGACCUCGUGGCCAUGCUCAGCUCCAACCAGCGGACGCGCAUCCUGGUCCAGGAAGUGGAGCAGUGCCAGCCCCGUACCCAGAUGCUCGUCGCCGCAGCUCAGAUACAGCGCCUCGUUCUGACGGUCGUUGCACGACGUGAUGCCUCGAGCGAGCAACGUACCUCCCUCGUCAACUUUCGCAGCUCGCCCUCUUCACACUUCCGGUCCGGCCCAUCAUUCUACGGGCUCGGCUCGGCCUUGGUCGGAUCCGCGACUGCGAGCGCCACAUUCCUCGCACUGAUCCUCUUCUUGGCUACCCUUUCACCAUCAUCCACCAACUCCACAUCGACGGUAACGACGAGGAUUACUGGCGUCCCAGGAGAUGCUGUGACCAUCUACAUCAUGACAAGGUCUUCUCAGUGCACCGGCGCAGCUGGUUCCUCCUCAACGUCGUCGAUGGUCAACUUUGAGGCGUACACCGGCCGGAUCCUCCAUGGCGUUAUCAAGACGGCGCAUCAACGGUCCAAGGAUGCCAUGAUCAAAACAAUCGAUCUGGCAGCUGUUCAGGCGGUCUCUCUCGAUAUUACCCACUUUGGCUCGGAGGACGAAAUGGAUAGAGCGGUCUUUUUGAUGGCUCAGCCAGCAGGUGCGAUCGGUUUAGCGAGUCUGGCAGGAGACAUCACUUGGCUUGGUCUCUGGGACAAGAUACCGGGAGCCGUAGAAGUCAGGACAGCCCGGCUAAUAGCUUGCAGUGGUCACUCUUUCGUGUUCAGGUCAAUAAUACCAGCAACCUAUACGACUAUCAGAUAA